AUGUCCCCGGGGGUGACCCUCACCGACAGCCUCAUCGCCAUGAGGAGCCUGCCUCAGCUAGUGGAGCCCCUGCACCCAGAGAGCCGAUCCAUGGAGCUGCCGUCCCCCUCGACUGUCCGCCUGGACCGGGAGAACAUCUGUGCUAUUGGGAGGCUCCAGAGCCUGCAGGAGAUUCACAGCCUCUACCUGCAGCAGAACCGUAUUGAGAAGAUUGAGAAUCUGGGCUGCUUUCCCAACCUGCGGUUCCUCUCCCUGGCUGGAAACUGCAUCCGCAAAGUGGAGAACCUGCAGCCCCUGCGACACCUGCGUGUCCUGGACUUGUCCCACAACCAGAUACAGACGCUGGACCCAGAUGAGCUGCCCCGCAGCCUCCGUCUCCUCGACUUAACGGGAAACGAAUGCACCCACCAACACAGAUACAGAGAGCUGGUGGUGGGAGCCCUGCCCCACCUCCUGCAGCUGGAUGCCUGGCCCAUCUGUGGCGGUGUGCGUGAGGAAGAGGAGGAAGGAGGCUCUUCCAGCAGUGAGGAUGAAGACAUCGAAUCGCUCUCUGAGCCACGCGGCCCUUUCACUGAAGGCAAAGAUUUCUUUGUGGAUCUGCAUUGGGAGCUGGCCAGGCGCUCACAGCGGAGGCGGAGGGAGGCCCUGAAGGAACACCAGACCCGUCUGGAAGAGCUGGAGGAGCUGCGGGAGCGCUGGGGUCUGCUGCUGCCUCCUGCGCCACUGCGCCCAGGCAGUUCUCAGCCCCGUCCCCAAGCAAAGCCGGGGACACAACUGCCACCCCUGCCCGGACCCGGCAGGCAGCACGCCUGCCUGCAGCCCCAGCGAGCUCCCAGCAGGAUCCAGCCCCGGACCAAGGCCCUGCAAGGAGAGACUCGCGCCGAAGGAGCAAGAAAUAGGAAGUUACCCCAAAUACCCCACACCAGCACGGCACCGCGCAGCUGGGAUUAA